UAUAUGUGUGUGUGCAUAUAUACACAUAUAUAUUUCUCGUGUGAUUAAUUCGACCCGUAAGACGAGGAAAGUUCUUGCUCAGAUUCUUCUAUGCAGAGGAUAUGUGUGGAGCGGAAGGAAAGCCUUAAUUUUUGCUGUUACUUUUUUUUUUUUGGUAGGUUUACUUUAUACCAGCCCCUCCUAACCCCCCUCCAAAAAAAAAAAAAAAAAAAAAACAACAAAACCUGCUGGUGUUUUCAGCAAGCUAUUUGUGUGUCAGUUUGCCCCACCCCGAUGGUAAAGUCCCUUUUGCCCUAAUCCAUAGUCUGAUCACACACUCGGCCCUUAAUGGGGGUUUCAAAGCACUUUGAAAGAAGAGGAGGUGGUUGGUGUGUGUGCGGUGAGGAUGGGGGUGGGGGUGCCUUGCACUGGCUCCGGCCACAAAACAGAAAAUCACGGGCAGAGGACUUCUCCCCCUUAGGCUUGCCUUCUCCCAGCCAGAGACACGGGGUUUUUCCACAGCACGCAAGAAGCCCCUUGGGUUUUAAACUUCCCCAAAUGUGCCGAACGCGAAACCCGGCCCCCUUGCUCGCCCUUUUGCCAAUCCCAGCUAGGAAAAGUUAGCAAUCAUGGCACUUGAGCUCUGCGAGAGUGGACUUUGGCUUUUAGAAGUGGGGAAUCGUGUUGUCGCACACAUGCACGCAGAAAAAAAAAAAAAAAAGGCAAAUGCUGCUUCUCUGCUCUUGGUGGAUGGAAAGGAGAGAAGGGCUAGAUCAGAGGAGGGAGAGACAUGCUUUCCCCUAGGAAUUUUCAGGCAAAUGUGUGUUUGCAAAUAAGUGUGCUGGAGACUUGCCUCUUGUUCUUAGCGGAUCUAUCAAGGGGAGAAAAAGGAGGAUCUCCCGGCUCGGACCGAUGUCCCGCUGAAAACGCCUUCUGGGUCCCUUCGGGCUGGGGCGGAGGGGGGCGGACUGAAGUUCAGGCAGUUUGCAGAAUAUGCGUAAAAUAACAGGAGCUUUUCCAGCGGCCGGCUUUGUGGAGCUGAAUGGGUGCUUAUGACAAGGCGAGAGGGGGGUAAUCUGCCUUUUGCCCAGCUGUCCCGGAGGUGUUGUCUCAGACCGUCUCCAGGGCGCCUUGCACUAUCCGGGAGGGGAAGGCUUCUUUAGCAUCUCUCGGGGGAGGGCAGGGGGGGAAGAGUUGAAAGGAAACAUGGGUUUGACUUUCCCGAUAAGGCGGCUGCAGCAGCCCCCUCCCACCUCCCGGCCCAGAGGAUGUCUCCCGGUUUAUCUCCAGGUUGGCUGCACUUGCGGGGCUGCUGGCGGCGCCUGCGGCCGCGCUCCUGGGGGCGAGGGGCGGCCGCCUCCCACCUGCUGCGCCCCGGGAUGGACCCAGGAGAGGGGAAGGGGCCAAAGCGCCGAGGUUUCUCUUCCAGCUCCCACCUUGGCGUCUGAAAGGGGCUUCGCCACCGAGACCGGUGUCGUUCUUAGCGUCCGCAGGUCAGGGUCAGCUUUGCUUUAGCGCUGGGUUGUCAUUUCUGGAGAGGCAGGGUUGGACUCGGCGUAUCUUCUUGGCUGGCUGAGUCUGGCUCAAGUCUGGACGUGGAGAGCGGAUAGGGCUGCUAGUUCCUCUCAGGAAGGUAAUUGGAUUUUGGAACCACUUUAAGAUAUGAUAAAGGCAGAACAAAUAUUAACUAAUUUAGAGGAUUUCAGAUGUGUUCUAAGCCUGCCGGGGUGAGCACGCUUCCGGGCACUGAUGGAGACAAGAGCUCAGCACAGCAGCGGGUCGCAAGCCUUGCUACAGGCUCGGCGUGACAGUGGGAGACUGCACGGGGAGCCCGACCUGCGGGAUGUCCUGAUGCAGCAGGUUCACGUCUUGUCGUUGGACCAGAUCAGAGCCAUCCGGAACACAAAUGAGUACACGGAGGGACCUACGGUGGCUCCACGGCCAGGGGUCAAGUCCACUCCUCGGCUAGCAACCCAGCCCAAAAGUGAAAGACCCCAUGGCUUGUCCGAGCAUCGUCAUUUUAGCCGGAUUCAGCACACGCAGACGCACGCCUCUCCUCGGGCUCCUCUGUCCCGAUCCAUCAGCACGGUCAGCACAGGUUCACGGAGCAGUACAAGGACAAGUACGAGCAGUAAUUCAUCUGAACAGAGACUUCUAGGAUCAUCUUCAGGGCCUGUUGCCGAUGGGAUAGUCCGAAUGCAGCCCAAGUCUGAGCUCAAGACAAGUGAGCUGAAGCCGCUGAGCAAAGACGACUUGGGAGCGCACAGCUACAGGUGUGAGGACUGUGGGAAGUGUAAGUGCAAGGAGUGCACGUAUCCCAGGACCCUCCCAUCAUGUUGGAUCUGUGACAAGCAGUGUCUUUGCUCAGCCCAGAACGUGGUCGAUUACGGGACUUGCGUUUGCUGCGUGAAGGGCCUCUUCUAUCACUGCUCGAACGAUGACGAGGACAACUGCGCUGACAACCCCUGCUCCUGCAGUCAGUCGCAUUGCUGCACUAGGUGGUCUGCCAUGGGUGUGGUGUCCCUCUUUCUGCCUUGCUUGUGGUGUUACCUACCAGCCAAGGGUUGCCUUAAGUUGUGCCAGGGCUGUUAUGACCGGGUAAAUCGGCCGGGGUGCCGCUGUAAACACUCCAACACAGUUUGCUGCAAAGUUCCCAGUGUCCCCCCCAGGAACUCUGAAAAGCCGACAUAGCAUCACUAGUCAGAAGUAGUAAAGUAACAAGAAUUAUUUUAAAAAUACAUAUGCAACCAACUAAGCAGCUAUGGUCUUGGCACUGUAGUAGAAGGGUAGGGAGAUAUACUUUGCUCUUCGCAGUGAAAUGCUUCUCUCUGUGUGUGUGCCAUCUUAACUGAUCCGCUUGUUAGAAUCCAUCUAGUGGGAUACAGAAAAAAAAAAUGGGAUGCAGUACAUUGUGACCCACAUAUUGCAUAAGCUAAAGCAACACAGACACUCCUAGGCAACUCUAUUGUUUGUGAAUAGUACUUGCAAAAUCUGUAAAUUAGCAAAUGACUCCUUUUUUUUCAUUUUUUUUUUCUGCCAGAGAUAAUGUGCUAUAUUUUUGUAUAUACAAUAAUAUUUUCAACUGUGAAAAAUAAGUGGUGUCAUAAGACAUGGCACAGUCACAAAAUAUUAUACUAAUAUGUUGUACAUUCGGAAGAAUGUGAAUCAAUCAGUAUGUUUUUAGAUUGUAUUUUGUCUUACAGAAACCUUCUAUUACAAGAUUCUGAUUUCCCUUUGGACUUCAUGUAUAUUGUACAGUUACAGUAAAAUUCAGCCUUUAUUUUCUAAUUUUUUCAACAUAUUGUUUAGUGUAAAGAAUAUUUAUUUGAAGUUUUAUUAUUUUAUAAAAAGAAAUAUUUAUUUUAAGAGGCAUCUUACAAGUGUCACCCCUUUUUAUGAGAACGUCAUAGUUGCUGCAAAUAAGGGGUGAACGAUGCAUAUGUUCACUAUAAAAUAGAAAAUAUAUUAACGUUUGAAAUUAAA